AUGCAGGAGUUCACGAACCUGUCGUACUCGACAUCUGAACAGCACAAAGACCUGACGGAGGCAAGGAUGAAAAGGGAUGCUACUGACCUGGAGGAGAUCAGUGCAAAACUUGUUGCAUGGUCACCUUUCUCGCCAGACUCUUCGUUAAGGAAUGUUGUUACUGGUGUUGUGGCUGAUGAAGACAGAACCAAACCUGAUGGAAGUUUUAAAGUGUAUGACAUCAACCGUCUAAAAGACAUCCUCGGACAUGACCUGUGUUCUCAGUUGCUGUUCAUCCAUGCCAUGACUGGUUGCGACACAACUUCUCGGAUUUUCGGUGUUGGCAAAAAGAGUGCUUUCCAGAAGCUUGUAAAAGGAGACCCUGUCCUUCAGUCUUGUGCCAAUGCUUUCACCAUCCCAAACCAGACCACACAGAUUAUCGAAGACCUUGGGUGCCAAGUGAUGUCUUUCCUCUUUGGUGGCAAGCACACAGAUUCUCUUGAGACAAUGCGAUAUAACAUCUUCAGCAAGAAGGUUGUCUCUUCUUCGUCGUUUGUAACCCCGGAACGUCUGCCUCCAACUGAAUCUGCUACCAAACUUCACUGUCGCAGAGUGUACUACCAGAUCAUGGUUUGGAUGGGAAUGCAGGAGGGUAUGGAUGCCAUGAAGUGGGGGUGGAAGCUACUAGAUAAUCGACCCUCCGCUGCUCAUGUAGAAGAUAUGGACUGCCAUGUACUACUGUCUGUGGACCGUGCCAACUUGAAAAAUGUGACAAUCCACAUAACAAGUUCCUUCCAGAGGAGUCAGAUGAUGAGGAUGAACAGUGACUAA